AUGGUGGUGCGAAUGGAGGUGCGUGAGGGCCAAUCACCAACGCAGUGGUGGGACUACAGGCGGAAAGGCAUAACUUAUGAGUCGGUGGAAGAUGCAGGGCAAUUUAUUGCACCGCGCCCAAGGCUGUUGGUACUCUCAUCCGUGAAGGGGUGGCCCUACUCCCUCAAGAAGCUAAUAGAAAUGACCGACUGCUACGUCAACUAUGAGGUGGAGCGGGUGUGGCGGGUCGUCCAGGGCGAUCUAGAGGGAGCGUUUGGCACUGACGACCUAAAAGGAUUUGACCUGCGGCGGCGUCUCUUGAUCGGGACGCCGGGAAUCGGGAAGUCGGUGGCUGUUGGCUCCUACCUCCUCCACCAGCUGCUGCACUACGACGCCGAGCAGAUUCACGUGGUUGUGUACUGCCUUGGGGGAGAGUUGGCGUACGUGUUUGACAAGACCACUCAAACGGUGACGGAGCACGAGGGAGAGCUCCAUAUUAUCAAUGUUAUGAAUUUUUUGGUUUGGCAGCGUAAGCUGAAAGGGUAUGCCAUCUACGACGUGGACAAAAAGGGCCGUGAACCAUCGGGUGAUUUUCCGCCCUCCAAGUCAUGA